UUAAACUUCAAGUGAUGCCCGCCAUUGAAGAAGAAGAAGAAGAAGAAGAAGAAGAAGAAGAAGAAGAAGAAGAAGAAGAAGAAGAAGUAGUAAGAGAAGGGUUUUAGUUGACCGUUGGUUCUGUAGUGGGGAAUGGGACCGAAGCGAUAUGAAUACCAAUAUAAGUCAUAUAAAUAGCUAUCAGAUAUGAACAGGAAACGGGCUUUGAUUUCAGACGCUUUCAAAGUGAAGAAAAUCAGAAAUGAAACGCAGAAGUUUGGGGCUGUCAGUGAAGGAGAUGGACCGACCGACAUCAGAUCCACCCUUGAGACCCUCAUGAAACUAUUCCCCAGGAAACUCUUCAACGACACAUUGCCUCAAAUUGUUGUGAAGCAUCAACUCUAUAGCAUUCACAAUGACAAGACUUUGGUGGACAAGGAGCUGAAUAAACUCAGGGAACAAGGAGAACUGCUGAUGUUCCAGCUUGGGUUUGAUGCAGACGCUUUCGGAUUGGUUUUCGCCUCCGAUUACAAAGCCAAAGUGCUGGCAGGAGAGGAUGGCAGAACAACACGAGCAACUGUUGAGAAGUUUUUGGAAAAGUUGCCGUCUCCUUGCACAGAGCUGAGCUUCAGCAAAGACAAGAUGCUCAGGGAGUUGCACUUCACAGACUCUGAGAUAACUCAGCUGGUUAAGUCAGGGGUCUUGACUGUGAGGGACGCAGGCAGCUGGUGGCUUUCCAUUCCCAACUCUGGCAAAUUCACCAAGUACUUUAUACAAGGUCGUAAAGCCGUGCUAGGCAUGGUGAAGAAGUCCAAAUAUAGUGAAGUCUUAAAGACGGAGCUAGAGGAGCGGCGAACAACCUCGCUUGUGAAAUUCCACAUGAAAUAUCACAUCCAUGACAUUGUUGGCGCAGAGAUGGUGGAGAGCAUAUCUACAACUUCAGGGACAUUGUUGCGAUUUGUUGAUUCCUGAUCGACCGCACCAGAGCUGUAAUUGGUUGGGCGGAGCCAAUGAUUUGACUGGAGGUCCGACUGUUAAUGGUUGUAAACAAGUGUUGGUACUUGGACUGUUUGCAAAUGUAUUAAGGAUUUCAGAGUUUAAACCUGUGCCUAAUGCCUUAUAAAAACCUUGUGGGUUUAUGAAUUGUCAAUUAUGGUUAUUAUGACCUUGUGAGGUUUGGAUUUAUCUUAAAAUAAAUAAAAAGUAUUUUCUUUCCCUCA